UCAAAACAAGAAAAAUGGCCGACAAAGAACAGUAAAAAUAAUUUUGAAAGAUAACGGUGUAUUUUACCGCUGAGGAAAGAUGAAGGGAAAAGGAAAGACGUCGCAUAUCGACAAAGAAUGUCCACUGGCUUUCCCAGACCUGCAACCAGUUGAUCACACAAAAGAUUGUUUGAAGUACAGUCGUAUUUUGGAUAGAACUGAAGAUGAGUGUCUGACGCUGGAUGAACUUGAUACAGUUCAGACGGAUCUAGAAACUUUAUUAGCAUCAGCAGGAAAAAGGCUGAAGCUGUUGGAAAGUGAGAUACAGAUACUCGUCAACUGGCAAGAUAAAAAAGACUCGACUGGCAAUAAGAAGGGUACUCCUGUCGGCAAGGAUCACCAGCAGAACUCCGGGAAACGUGGGAAAGGUGCGACGGAUGACAAACCGAGUAAAAAGUUGAAAGAUGUGAAUGGUAAAGCUUCACACGUGGUUGCCACUCCACCGGCAAAACCUAAAAAUAAAUCUGCUGUGUCGAAACUUCAAGAAUAUGAAUUCUCCGAUUCGCCACGAGAAACCUUGCCAAAACUCCCGAAGAAUGAUGCGGUUAACAGAUUCUGGCAAUCGGUUGAACCGUAUUGUGCAGAUAUCACCAACGACGAUCUUAAACUUCUCGAAGACACCCUUAAAUCUCACGAAGAAGACAGCGAUUAUUUUAAAGUGACCCCACUUGGUAAACAUUAUACAGAAAAGUGGGCGGAGGAAGAUUUAAUGGAAGAGCAGACGGACGGCGUUAAAGUCGACAAGAAACGAAACUCAGGAAGUCAUAACAACAAUCAUAUCCAUCAUGAUUCAACAACACUUCUGAAAAAACUUGAACCAAACAAUAUGGAAGAUUCGCCGUUUGGUCAACUGACUCAGCGUCUCGUUUCUGCUUUAAUUGAAGAAAACAUCAUGACGCCUAUAGACGAUUCCAUGAAUGAUAUAACUGGUGGAAAGGAAUCCGCAGACGAAGCUCCGGCCAUUUCACCAAGAACUUUAGCUAAACAGUUGAACAUUGGUAACCCAGUGCAUCUUGAGAGGAGGAUUAAGAGAGAGCUGGAAGAGCAGGGGAUUCUCGAUUUCGAGGAUAAGGAAGACGACAAUCCUGAUGAUGAAAUAUUGGCGGAGAUCCGAAAGAAGCAGUCGGAACUUCGUUUAUUGUGUCAACGGAAUAUAAUCAUAACUCGACAGCUGUAUUGUAAAGCCAAAGAACAAAUGGCCCGACAAGAGAUGAAGAAAAAACUAGCAGCAGCAGAUGCAGAGGUCAUGGAAGCUUAUAGAAAAAUCCAAACGGCAAAACAAAAGAAGAAAACUCCGACCAAAAAAGAAAAAGACGCAGCAUUUAAAGCCUUGAAAGAACGAGCCUCAAUAAUGAAAGCAUUGGAAGUGUGAUUUUCAAAACUUGGGACAAAAUUAGUGAAUUAAUCAAAACAUUAUUAUGUAAAUACUACUGGUUAAACAUUGUUAUAACAGCAAUAGUUAAAUUAAAUUUACUACCAGUGCUGUUACCUCUUCAUUCAAAUUACAUGCAUUCAGUUCAUUAAUAAUUUUGUCAUUCUGGCCCAGAUUUAUAUUUAUAGAAUGAGUUAUCUUAAAAAAAAUAACCAAAAGAAGGAAAUAAUUCUAUGUACUGGCAUAUUGGGAUGUCUAUGUUAAUGCUUGUAGAUCAUUGCAAGCAGGUAUUAUUAAUAUCUGUUGGAUCCUUCCAGCAUUUGAUGGAUAUUUGAUCCCCACCCAACCAAAAUAUUUAUUUUGGAUUUUGUAUCUUUCAUUAUGGUUGUAUAGGCAGUUAUGCCAUGGAUGAUUUUCACCAUCCUUCUUCUCCUCCUCCAAAUUGUUAUUAAGGAUUUUGUUUUAUUUCAUCAUGUAUAGACAGCAUGUACAUGAAUGUUAAUGGAUGGAUUCUUUUUUCUGACCUGUCCAGGCAAAAUGUCCCACAUAGCACACUGUAUGCCCGUCUUCAUUAGCCCAGUCGGCACAGAACAGUAGGACAUUAAACCCCAUUUCAUUCCAUUUAUUCUUUCAGAUAUUAUCUAUUAAUCCAUACAUGUUAUGUGACACGAUGUUAGCGAUUAAAAAUUACCAGUCAACAUUCACAUGGCAUGUUUUUAAAUUGAAUUAUAUAUUAUGCUGUAGGAAGAAUGGUGUAUUACCAAACAUAAUUUUAUGGCCAUACAAAAACAUAUUCUGAUUCUAAGAUACUCCUGCAUCACUUUAAGUUGCAUGAUCUGUUUUAUUUCAAAAACUAAAAACAAUCUCGUUAAUUACCUCAUGUAAAUAUUUUCCGUCAGUUACAGGAGUAAAAAUUUGUAGUGUAUAAAACCUGAUGAAUAUUAUUGACAAUAUUACACUAGAUAAUCAUGAGAUAAAUGUAAUGUCUUGAAAUAAUGAUAAGAGUUAUGUCCCUUUAUUUUCUGUAAAAAUGUCUGACAAGAACAUUUUUAAAUUCCAACACUGGUUUCUGCCAAUCAUGCAUGACACUAGAUAAUCAUACACAUCCCUAUAAACGACAUGAUAUGCCUUGAAAUGACUCUGACUGAGAACAAGAAUAUUAUUUUUGAAUGGCCUAUUAUUUAAUCUGAUUAAAACACAGAUUCUAUUUUGUUUCGUUUUUUAUAGUUCAAAAUUUCAUUUACAUGUCUUUAUUACACUAGGAUCUGUAAGAGUUGUUAUAUAACUCGUGUUCUGAAUGAUGUGGUGAGGGAUUAGCCAAUGAAACGGUCUGUUACAGUGAGUUUUUGGCGCAUAGUGCACUGAACUGUGAGUAACCCACUAGAAACGUCAAUGCUGAUUGGUUAAUCAAAUGUCUGACAUCAUAGGGUCAAAAGCCGCUCGUGUGACCCCUAACGCGACCUCCCACUACAACUGGUCAGCUAUUCAUGUAGUGUAGGUUAUCGAAAGUAUAAAAAAACAAAACGAAAUAUAGAUCUGUAUUUUAAUAAGAUUGGCUAUUAUUGAUCCUAGUUUUAUAAAUGUAUCAUGUGUGACUGUGAAGUGUCGCAUUUCGUCAUUGUUUAUCAACUUUUCAUUACAUUCACUCUUAAUGGUUGUUAUUCAUAUUAUCUUUGUACAAAUAUUACAUUUGUUAAAUUCAUUUCCAUUUUAACAUUUAAAGGAGCUAAAUCGCUAAUAUUUGGGACCUAGAAAUUGACAAAAGUGGGUCGCAACGCAUAUAAAACUGUAAUAUGAAUGUAUAUAAACUGAUUUACAGUCAAUGGUUUCCGUUUUUACUCCAAUUUCAAAUCAGUUAUGUUCGGUGAAGUAAGACAGCAGUCUCAAGCGAGUGCAAAUUUCUAGCGUCUGGUUAUUCCAGUCUACAUACGCGUUUGAUUUGGUGCAAUGUGUCUAGCCUCGUCCCUCGAGUCUCUUGAUACAACUGGGGCUGAAGCGCAUUAUGGUACACGAUUCGUGUACCAAUGGUAAAAUGUUUAUUUUGUCUUAAAUAUUGGAUAUCAAAAGCCCAUCUUUUUCUGGUAAGAUCACAACAUAAAUGUUGAUUUAAUUUGACAAAUAAAUCGUGUUUUCAAUGUUGAAGAUUUUGGAUGAUAAUUAGUUAGAGACUUAGCUACUUUAACAAUGAAAUGGUAGACAUUUUCUAAUCCACUUAAUAUCUCAGCCAUGCAAUUUUCUAGAGUAUUAAUUAUAGCGUCGAUGAAGUGUCAAAAGGGUGUAUCUCAGGAAAUUAGUCAAAUACACUUUUUUGCAUUUUUAAAAUCUCCCAAUUAAUAUGCACAUUUCUGUCUAAGCUGUGUAUCUCUACGCCAAUUAAAACUGUUCUGGGUAUCAUGUGUCCAAAUGUUGUAUCUUGAUUUGUGGAAAUUUUGAAAUGCAAAAGGUUCUAUUUCUUAAUCUUUAGAAAUUCUUAGAUACACUCUUUUGACACUUCACCGCCGAUAGGCUCGUCACAUGAAUAUAUGUCUAAUAUCUCAGCCAUACAAUGAUCUAGAGAGUUGAUUGUGGUCUUUUUAAGUGAAUAAAUGUCUAAAUAAUCAUUUAGGUAACAUUUCAAGUCAGAAAAAAGAUCUGCAAUAGGCAGAAUUAGCUCUUUAAUAAAAGAGAGUAGAUAUUAUUAUAACUUA